CUACUAUGAAAAAGCCAUAGCUGAAUUAAUUGCCGAUAAAGAGCAAUUAACACAACACUAUGAAAAACAAUUGGCUGAAGUUAAGGCCGAUCGCGAUUCAAAUUAUCAUCAUUUAACAUCACUGGAAACAACAUUUUCCGAUUUGCAUGUAAAAUAUGAAAAGAGCAAAGAAAUGACCUGCCAAUUAAAAGAAAGCGAAGAAGCUUUACAAGCUGAAAAACGCAAGAAUUUAGAAAACCUACAUUUACAGGAACAACGAUAUGACAAAAUGAAAAAUCAUGCAAUGCAACAAUUGGAAAUGUAA